CCCCCACCAAUACUAUCAAAAUGCGUUUCGCCGCCCCCGCCGUUGCCUUCGCAGGCCUUGCCGUCGCCAGCUACUACGAGGCCCCCGCCGCCUCUGCCCCUUACGAGGCUCCCGCCGUCUCCUCGGCCCCCGCUGUCGUCUCCUCGGCCCCCGCCUACGAGUCGGUCUCUGCUCCCGCUCCCCUCGAGACUGAGUACUCCACCAAGUACUUCACCGUCACCGACUGCCCCGACACGGUCACCGACUGCCCCGCGCACUCGACUGUCAUCACCUCGUCGGUUGUCCCCCUGACCACCUCCACCAUCUACGAGACCCGCGAGCACACCGUCACCAGCUGCCCUCCUACCGUCCCCAAGUGCCCCGCCGACUCCACCAAGGUCGUCACCGAGACCAUCGCCGUCUCCACGACCGUCUGCGAGGUCACCCCCACCGAGGUCUACCCCCAGCCUCCCCAUGCCACCGAGACUGGCAGCAAGCCCGAGGAGCCUGAGCACGUUCCCACCAAGCCUGCCUACCCCGAGCAGCCUGAGCACCCCACCAAGCCCGCCUACCCCGAGCAGCCUGAGCACCCCACCAAGCCUGCUCAGCCCGAGCACCCCACCAAGCCCGCUUACCCUGAGGAGCCCUCCAAGCCCACCACUCCUGCUCACCCCGAGUACCCCGAGGUUCCCUCCAAGCCCGAGCAGCCCACCAAGCCUGCUCACCCUGAGGAGCCCGUCUGCGUCCCCACCAAGUCCGUGAAGACCAUCUCGACCUCGGUCACCACCGUCGUCCCCACCGUCAUCUACGAGACCGUUGAGGUUCCCUGCCCUACUCCCUCUGCUCCCUCUGCCACCAUCCCCGUCCACCCCCCCGCCGUCCCCACCUACCCCGCCGGCCACGGCAACCAGACGGUCCCUGCCGUUCCCACCGGCACCACCCCCGUUGAGGCCGGUGCUGCCGGUGUCUCCGGCUCCGUCUUCGUCGCGGCCUUCGCCGCCCUCGCCGCCUACGCUUUCGCUUAAGCGUCUGUCUCUUCUGCACCGAGAAAAGACUGCCAGGAGGUAACGGGGAGUACUGGAGAAAAACGGGAUUUCACGACAUGACGGAGGUGUUCAGCUGGGAGUCUCAAUGUAUAAAGAGGAACGAUUUGUCGUUGCUCCCUUCAAUUUUCCUGGACUAUAAUUUAGCAUCUUACGGCAUGGCAAGAUAUCGAACACAACACUAUCACCCAC